UCUUGCGUCCCCGCGUGUGUGUGCCUAAUCUCAGCUGGUCUGCCGAAACCCCCUGAGCGCCAACCCUUAGUCCCCAGUGCGGACCCAUUUCCGUUCUAACAAGAUGAAAGAAAUGAUGAACCAAGAAAAGCUCACCAAACUGCAAGCCCAAGUGCGCAUUGGUGGGAAAGGAACUGCUCGCAGAAAUAAGAAGGUGGUUCAUAGAACAGCUACAGCAGACGAUAAGAAACUUCAGUUCUCCUUAAAGAAGUUGUGCGUAAAUAGUAUCUCUGGCAUUGAAGAGGUGAGUAUGUUCACAAAGCAAGGAACAGUGAUCCACUUUAAUAACCCUAAAGUUCAAGCAUCCCUGGCAGCGAACACUUUCACCAUUGCAGGCCAUGCUGAGACAAAGCAGCUGACAGAAAUGCUUCCCAGUAUCUUAAACCAACUUGGUGCAGACAGUCUGACUAGUUUAAGGAGACUGGCUGAAGCUCUGCCUAAACAACUGGUGGAUGGAAAAGCACCACUUGCAACUGGAGAGGAUGAUGAUGAUGAUGAAGUUCCAGAUCUUGUAGAGAAUUUUGAUGAGGCUUCCAAGAAUGAAGCAAACUGAAUUGAGUCAGCUUCUGAAGAAGAUAAAACUUGAAGAAGUUACUGGGAGCUGCUAUUUUAUUAUGACUGCUUUUUAAAAUUUCUUUCAAGGAUCUAAUAAGAUCUAGAUCUAAUAUUUUUAAGCUCAAGCCCCUUGGACACUGAAGCUCUUUUCAGUUUUUGCUUAUAUACAAGUCAUUCUUUGCAGCUAAUUAAGCUGAAGAAACUUGAGAAUAAAGUUUGAAACAAAGGUCAAUAAAGUUCUUUGCCUA